GGAUUAUUGCGCAGUGAAAGAUUUCAGCUGCAAGUAGCUUACUCACUACCACCAAGUAUAUACUAACCGCUUCAAUGGCAGCAGCUCGUCCCACUGUUAGUGUUUACUCUAAGGACGGCGGCGUCUCUUCUGAGACUCUCGCUCUUCCUUUCGUUUUCAAGGCCCCCAUUCGUCCUGAUUUGGUUCGCUCUGUUCAUACCGCUGUUGCCAAGAAUAAGCGUCAACCUUAUGCCGUCUCCGAGAAGGCUGGUCACCAAACCUCUGCUGAAUCUUGGGGUACUGGUCGUGCUCUUGCUCGUAUUCCCCGUGUUGGUGGUGGUGGUACUCACCGUGCCGGUCAAGCUGCUUUUGGUAACAUGUGCCGUAGCGGUCGUAUGUUCGCCCCUACCAAGACCUGGCGCAAGUGGCAUGUUAAGGUCAACCAAAACGAGAAGCGUUAUGCUAUCGCUUCCGCUGUUGCUGCCUCCGGUGUUCCUUCUCUCCUUUUGGCUCGUGGUCACCGUGUUGAGGAGAUCGCUGAAGUUCCUUUGGUUGUCGAAGACUCUAUCCAAACUAUCCAAAAGACUAAGGAAGCCGUUGCUUUGUUGAAGCAACUUAAGGCCUUCCGUGAUGUUGCCAAGGUUACCAGCUCCCGCAAGACCCGUGCUGGUAAGGGUAAGCUUCGCAACCGUCGUUAUGUUCAACGCCGUGGUCCUCUUGUUGUUUUCAACGAGGAUGCUGGUAUCGUCAAGGCUUUCCGUAACGUUCCUGGUGUUGAGCUUGUCAACGUUCGUCGUUUGAACUUGCUUCAACUUGCCCCUGGUGGUCACUUGGGUCGCUUCAUCAUCUGGACCAAGUCUGCUUUCGACCUCCUUGACAAUGUCUUUGGUAGCUUCACUGAAAUCUCCCAAUUUAAGAAGGACUAUGUCCUCCCUCAAAACGUCAUCUCUAACGCUGACGUUACCCGUCUUAUUAACUCUGAUGAAAUUCAAAGCAUUGUUAAGCCUGCUGGUCCCGCUGUCGUCAAGCGUGCUAAUGUUCAAAAGAAGAAUCCUCUCAAGAACAAGAACGUUAUGCUCCGUCUUAACCCUUAUGCCAAGGCCUACAAACACAACGUUAAGGUUGACACUGGCAAGACCUCCAAGUCUGCUGGUGAAAAGUUCUUGACUGUCCUCCACGAAAACUAGAUGUUUGUUCAGUCGCUUACAUGAUAGGUUUGAAGGUAUAGUAAGAAUAAAAGUUUUAAACUAGCAAUUGUGGGUUGUUCGGUAUAUAGUAAGGUGUAGUUUACUUACAUGUUACAUAGUGCAAUUUGAAUGAAUAAAUGCCCUUCGGUAGAAAAGGAAUCAAGUUUUUGAAUGGUAGUCAUUAAUCUAAGUAAAACGAAGGGAGGAUAUAAAAAUAAAUUAUAUA